AUGCCGGUCAAGAGAAAGCGCAACGAGCCGCAUACGACACGACCUCGACCAGAGCCUCCGAGACGCAGGAGCAACAGACGAGGUAAGGAAGGAAAUGGCGGGAUAUCUAGGGGCGUCGAAGGCAGCGGUGGGCGCAUUGCCGGACUGAGUUCUACAGAGGAUGUGGAGCGGGCAAUGCACACUCUAUCCGAAAUGGAACAUAAGCUUUUGGGCGAAGCAAAAAGACAACGGCAAGCAAUCGAGGCGUCCGACUUGGUCGCUCCCGCUGCCCAAGACGACACAUACGGCUUUCAGGACGCGACGAACGGGUCCAUCAAGUGCAUCAACACAAAAUCCUCACCGAAUACACCCACGGCACAGAUCACCGACGAUUUAGACGAAGAUAUCUCGCCAGAAACCGAGGCGUGCCUCAACACGUACUUGCGGACAGCAAAUCCACCGGUAUUCUCUUCCAGAACUUGUCGAAUAAGCUCAAUCCUUGAACACAGACACCCUCUCCGGGAUCCUUCACAGCCCGAGCACCCAACUAAAAACCGACCUGACAAGAACGAGCCAGCUGACGUGGAACGUGGGCUGGAAUAUGUCAAAGGGAUCGGGCUGAAAAACGCCAAAGACAUUGGUAAAAUGAUAAAAUGGAAUGACAAGUACGGAAUUAAGUUUAUGAGGCUAAGUAGCGAGAUGUUCCCCUUUGCAAGUCACGCAGAGCAUGGCUACAGCUUAGCUUACGCAUCUGAGGUCCUGGCAGCUGCUGGUCGGUUGGCAUCUGAGUUAGGACAUCGACUUACCACUCACCCUGGUCAAUUCACACAGAUUGGCAGCCCGAGAAAGGAAGUAGUGGCUGCUUCUGUUCGCGAUUUGGAGUAUCAUCAUGAAAUGCUCUCACUGCUCUCCCUGUCCGAACAACUCGACAGAGAUGCAGUAAUGAUUCUACACAUGGGAGGCACUUAUGGUGACAAACUUGCAACUUUGGACCGGUUCCGCGAGAAUUACGCGAAACUUUCAACUGGAGUAAAGAAACGACUAGUGUUGGAGAACGACGAUGUGUCAUGGAGCGUACAUGACCUGUUGCCGAUUUGCGAGGAGUUGAAUAUUCCUCUCGUGCUCGAUUUUCACCACCACAACAUCAUAUUCGACCCAAGCGUCAGAGAAGGGACGCUAGAUAUCAUCGGUUUGUUUGACCGCAUCAAAGCAACGUGGACGAAAAAGAAGAUUACGCAGAAGAUGCAUUACAGCGAACCAGUCGCGUCUGCUGUAACACCUCGUGAUCGCCGCAAACAUUCUGCUCGUGUCAAGAUGAUGCCACCUUGUGUGCCAGACAUGGACCUGAUGAUCGAAGCCAAGGAUAAGGAGCAGGCCGUGUUUGAGCUCAUGCGCACAUAUAAACUUCCAGGGUGGGAUUUAUUUAAUGACAUCGUCCCUCAUGAACGACUAGAUGAGCCGACAAAGGCGCCCCCAAAGAAGGCUAAGAAGGACGCAAAAGGGAGGCCACAAGUUAAUGGUGACGCAGGCGAAGAGCCCGAGACAAGUGCCGACCAACUGAACAUGGGCGGGCCAGAGAGAAGGGUAUAUUGGCCGGAGGGUAUGGAAGAAUGGCUGAAGCCAAAGAAGAGGGAAGGCAAAUCUGGGAUAAAGAUUGCUGCUGAGGAGUAA